UUAGCAUAUAAUUUCCAUAUCAGUGAUCGCGCAAGGGUCGACGGGAUAUCCAACAUGGCAGCGCCCAUCACAGCAGUUUUUUCGUGGGGAGCUAACAGUUAUGGGCAGCUUGGCCUGGGACAUCAGAAGGAUCAUCUUUUGCCUGAGAAUCUCAAAACUUUCCCAGAAGAUGUAAAGACCAUCGUGGGUGGAGGUGGUCACACAGUCUUCCUAACAGGCAAUGGGGAUCUGCAUGUAUGUGGCAGUAACAACAAGGGUCAGCUUGGCCUGGGUCAUACCUCUGAUAUCAACAAACUGGUGCGGGUCCCAGACCUCAGACCCCUCAAACAGAUCGUGUGUGGAUGGAAUCAUACAGUAGCAAUAACAGAGAAUGAUGAGCUGCUCUGCUGGGGGUCAAAUACACACGGCCAGCUGACACAUAAAGAGAGUAUUGUCACAAAGCCGAGAAGGAUUGAGCUUUCAGGUGUUGAUUGCCCGAGGUUUGCUGCUAUAUCAGGAGGUCUGAGGCACACCCUGGCCGUAUCAACGGACGGUCAGCUCUGGACAUGGGGAGCCGGCAAGAAGGGUCAACUAGGCUGGACGGAUAGCAAAAUGAGGGUCCCUCACCAAUGGAACAAACCUGUACACAUUCCUGUGAAAGAGGAUGACGUGGAUGUGAAGUUUGUGCAGGUAGCUGCAGGAGCUUAUCACAGUGCCGCUUUAUCAGACAUGGGUAUACUGUACAUAUGGGGCUGUAACAAAUGGAGUCAACUUGCCCAACCCAAGUCCUCCAACCCCAUCUCGACGCCCAAGAGGUUAGACCCUGCCCUAUUUGACGGUCUCACGAUAAAAGGCAUCCACAGUGGCUGGACACACAUGCUAGCUAUAACAGAGGAUGAGUCGGUCUACACGUGGGGCCGGAAUGACUACGGCCAGCUUGGGAGACCAGCGGCAAAGUCGAUAUCCAAUGGAAGCGCAGAGUCAGAGAGUAACGCCACGCCCACAACCACAACUCCAGAUUGCUGCCAUGUACCCACUGAAAUAAGCAUACUAAAAAAUGCCAAGCAGAUUGUAUGUGGAGCUGAGCAUAGUUUAGCCAUAACAAAGGAUGACAAGUUGCUUGCAUGGGGCUGGAAUGAACACGGGAUGUGUGCGGACGGGACCAAGACCAAUGUCUUCCUCCCCAAGCAGGUCCAGGGCCUAGAUGGGCAGGUGGCAUCUAAAGUAGGGGUCGGUGCUGGACACUGCUUUGCCUUCUGCCAGUGAUGCUCCUCAGGUUCUUUCUUCGGUUUCUAUUCAGGUUCUGUGGGUACAAUGAACUGGUAUCGAGAAAUCGUAUAAAGGAGAAACACCUUGAAGAGUUUGAGGGGUAUGUCUUUGUACCCAUUUAACAUAAUCCAACUCAGGUGCAAGGGGUACUUCCUUGCACCCCUUUUAACCUCAUCUGAUUAAAGUAUAAGGAGUUCAGAGUUGAAACUUUUAAAGAACAUGAAAAGGAGAUGUUGUACGUCUUGCUUAAAAACGUGGGCAUUAUCUGGGUUUGUUAGUACUUAGUGAAGUAGGUAAUUGGGAAGAGGUGUCUUAAAGAAUGGAUGAUAACACUUAUACAAGAAAAGGGCUCUUUUUUGCUUUCUCAGUAUUUGUAGGAUUGUAUUACGGUGUGAGGGGUGUCUCCUUUCACCCCUCCUACUCAAUCUGACUCCGGUAUCAAAACGUGUUUUAUUGUGUACAAGGCCAAGUGUUAAGAGGACAUUCUCUUCAUGCCAAAGCAGCCACUAAGAGCUAGAAGGGCACUAACUCAUAUUGUUUAACACUGAGCUAAUGCCCUUCUAACUGUCAAUGCAAGGUGCAUAAUUAUGUAGUGUGAUAUUUCCCAUAAAACGGGGAUAUCCAUGUAUGAUACAUUGUAAAAUAACAGAUUUUAUUGUAAAAUAUAUUUUUAUGAAAACACUUAUAGGCAUUUAGACGCAGUAGCAAAGAGAGUUAAUUGUUUGCUUUAAAGGAGUAUGAAACUUAUUCUUCUGACUGGCUUUUGCUUAUUCACCAGGUACAUAACGUGCAGGAGUCACUGCCACUGGUCUAUUUACACAAUUCUUGAAUUUGAGUUCUUUUCACUUUAGCAAUGAUAUAAAUGUUUGAAUAAGAUCAGGAAGACCCAACAUCAUUAGAUAAGUAAGUCAUCAUUUUGCAAUAUUUUUGAUAGCAUUUCAGGUUCUUAUUUUGAUUUUGAUUGUGCAUGUAUUCAUCCAGGAGAUGCCUACAUAGUACUAUUAUUACCCUCGCUUUAGCCCAGCUGGCCUAAGGCACUCCAAGCAUUCAAGGACUAAAUUCCUACCAGGUUCCCAUUUAUUACACCUGGGUGGAGAGUAGCAAUUGUUGAUUAGUGUUGUGACCAGACUCGUAACUACGACCAUUUGAUCCACAGUUCGAUAAAGAAUCCACUGUACUACGACACCUCUACAUUAUC